UUUGCAAAAUGUUCGCAUUUCCGGUUGAAAAGAAAAGUAGAAAUCCUAGUUCUUGCUGUCAAGUUUGACUCAAUAAUGCCAAAGAUACCAGAUAGAUGGGAAAAUUACAGCAACAUGGGAAAGGUGAUUCCCGACACUCGAUUCAUCACCUUUAAAGUCCCACUGUCUGAGCACCUGAACAGGGGUCAACCAGAAGAAAUGUGGUUCACGCCCGCCAUCCUGUUGGAGCAGACAAGGGCAGACGGACAGCAACUGGGUCUCAUUAUUGAUCUGACGUUCACUACACGCUAUUACCAGCCUCAGGAAUUUGUGAAUAAAGGCGUACAGUAUGAGAAAAUCUUCGUCCCUGGACAUAUAAUUCCUGCCAAGAAGAUCAUUAAAAAGUUCUUCACUGCUGUGGACAAUUUUCUUGAAAAAUCUGAUAAAGACCAUCUGAUUGGCGUACACUGCACCCAUGGAGUGAACCGCACUGGAUACAUUGUAUGCAGGUACAUGAUAGAGAGACUCGGGAUAGCACCAGAGAAAGCAUUAGAAGCAUAUGCUACAGCGCGAGGUUAUCCAGUGGAAAGACAGAACUACAUAGAUGACCUUCACACCCGAUCUUACUUGGAAAACUAUGGAGAGGGAAAUGAUGAUGACAAUGAUAAUGAUGAUGAAGAGGAGGAGGUUCCCAAACAACACAAUAGCAAAACCAAACAUGUUGGAAAUCACAGAAAUAAUAGUGAUCAACGGAUAUUUAAUGGUGAUAAGAAAGGUCCUGGCUCAUCCACUUCAAGUGAUUCAAAUAGGCAUAAAAAUCAUCCACAUCCACAUCGAGGUGCACAGGAUUCUAGAGGUCAUAGGUCAAGGCCGUAUCAGCACAAAAAUAACACUCGAGGUCAUAUGAAUUCGUACAACAAUCCCGGUCACCAAGGUGACCCUUGGGGGUCAGGGGCCUCAGGUUGGGGUCAACCUGCCUUCAUGGAUAGUAGACAGGGCUAUGGUUACCAAGGUGAUCAAAAUUCCUGGCAUGGUAACCAAGAACAGAAUAAUCAACAAAAUGUACAACACAGAGGACAGGGACCGAAUGACAGUUAUCAACAACGAGGGUACCAGGCUUACGAUGACCAGCCUGGCUGGGGAGGAUGGCAAGGGUCUGGUGGUAGAGGUCGAGGUUAUGGGGGUCAGGGAUACGGAAGUGGUUAUAAUUCACAUUAUGAUCAAGGGUCAGGUGGUAGAGGUCAAGGUUAUAGAGGUCGGGGAAACAGAGGUGGUUAUAAUUCACAUUAUGAUCAAGGGUCAGGUGGUAGAGGUCAAGGUUAUAGGGGUCGGGGAAACCGAGGUGGUUAUAAUUCACAUUAUGAUCAAGGGUCAGGUGGUAGAGGUCAAGGUUAUAGGGGUCGGGGAAACAGAGGUGGUUAUAAUUCACAUAAUGGGCAAGACAAAAGAUAAAGUCUUUGUUAUAUAAAUAUACAUGUUUGUGUGUAUUCUUUUGGGUGAUUGCAUUGCUUUCAUUGAUAUUUUAAUUGCUGAAACAGACUUAUUCUGAUUAGUUUUUGUUAUAUCUUCAUUUAAAGUUUUAGUUAUGUAAAGUCCUUUUUGUGUUAAGAAAACAAUUAAUACAUCAUACAUAUAUCAUGCUUUUUCACCCCUUUUUGUGAAUGGGGCCUGGGCCCUUUGAAUGGGAAACUUGUGACUCUAAAUUGUGAAAAAGUCAAUUUUUAAAUACCAACAAUGACAAUAUAAAAAUGGCUUGUACCAUCCUCACUGUUACUUCAGUGUUUACAUACCAAAUUUACAGAAGUCCAUUAACAAAAUGAUGGAGUUCAAGGAAGACUUGUGAUUUUUUUCUACCAAAUUUUUGAAAAGCAUUAAUUUGGUCCUUUUUGACUUGUCAAUUGGGUCCAAUUUGAAAUACUACAAUUAUUUUAGCCCAAUUUAGAAUAUCAAGGUUGUAUAUUUUAGCUUAAUUUUACAAAGCAGAAUAUUCCUCAAAGCACACAUGUUGUUAAGGUGAAGGACUUGUUCUUGGCUAACAAAAAUAAUUAUGUGGUUUUAGUUACAGAUUCUGUUUUUAGGCCCAGACCAUAAUGAUUAUUUUGGUGAUAAAAUAAAUAGCAAACAUUAAUUAUAAUAUAAACAAUGUGGUACUAAUAUUUGAAGGUGAUUCAGUUUAUUUGUAUUUUGUCAAGUUCUAGGCAACAUUAAUUGUGUCAUGUGUUUGUAUGUAAACAAACAAGAAUGCUCGCUCAUCAACAUGCCAAAGAGAGUGACUUGGUAUAAGGUGUCAUAAUUUUGUUCACAAUCUUUGUGUGUAAUAUAUAGAAUGUUAAAACUAUUAAAACAUCUAUGUACAUAUUUAAUUCACUAAAAGAUUUUCUAAAAUUAUAUGUUUCCUUACCUACCAAGCCAAUUUUUGUCAGCAUGUAACUGUAUCCAUAAUAUUAAUUUGUUUUGGCCUUACAUCAAUUUCAUUCUGGUCAAAGGUUUUAAUCAUUUUUGCCAGGAAUAUAUUUUUAAAUUUUAACAAUAGAUUGUUAUUAUUGACCAUUGGCAUACUUCUUUGCAUUGAUACAUGUACAUGAUUUUCUUGUAUUCUGAGAUUUUGACAGUGUAUAAGCUACAUUUAAAAAUAGAUUUUUUUUCUCUUCUUGACACUUAAAUGAGUUUCUUACUUUUAGACUUGUCCCAAUGUUGAGCACUGCACAUGCUUUUCCAAGUUUUGGACAGUGUUCAGCCUACAGUUAGAAAAUGAAGAGGGGUAUGGUUAUGUAUGGUAAAGAAUGUUUACAUAAGGAACAAGAGUUGUGUAAAAAAUCAAGAACAACCUACUUCAGUUCUGUUUCACAACUACUUAAGUCUUAGAAUUGUGUAAUAUUUUCUAUUUUGGAGGUGUGUUUUUUACUGCACAUAAAAAAGUGUUUAUUGAAGUUAUCCGUCUGAUAAUCUGAAAAUAAGUCUGUAUUGUGUAUCAUAAUCAGGUUAAAAUAAGAGAUCUUGCUAUACAAAAUAACCUAACUAAAUAAGUCUGUUAGGCUUAGUAAGUUUUGAGAAAUCAGAGCAAGGCAACUAGAAGCCCUUUUAAGUGUGAUUUGUAGGAAAACUAUGUUAGUGCAUUGUAAUAUAGCUUGAUUUAAAUGCAUUAUAAAUAGCAAAUAUUCUAAUAGUUUCAAAAAGUCAUUAUAUGAAAUUAUAAUUCUGCACUUAACUAAUAAAUGCCUAGAACUCAAGUUUCAAAAAGAGUGGUGAGGGGAAUGGCACCCUCUCCCCUAGAUUUCAACCUUGCUGGAACAUUGUUGGAAUGUCAUUUUAUGGCAGCUUUAUUCAUAACACGUAUACAUCACGGCCCAUUUUAGCUUAUUUUAAUAAAAGUGGUUUGUUGAUUGUCUUUAAACUGUUUGAUAUACCUAUUGUACACCUUUAGAAGGUCAGUUUGGUCCUUUUUGGUAUUAAGUAAUAAAGAUUUCAAAAAUGAAAAGGCACUGAUUUAGAUUUUGUGUAUUACCGAUAUGUCUCGAAGAGUAUUUUGUUCAAUGAAUAUAUAUGUGUCUGCCUUACCCUAAUUAGUAUUCAUCAUAAUAUUGUCAACUGUUCUAUGCCUUGUCAUUUUCAUACCCAUUGAUACCCAUUGUUAGGAAAGCUGAAGGUGAUAUAAACAUCAUGUUUUUAAAUAUCUCAUUUAAUGCAUUGAAUUGUAAAAUUUUAUUUAUGUUGGUGAUGAAUUUGUGUUUUUAAAAAAGGUAUGUUUAGUUUGUUAUAAAUAAAGUAAUAGAUGCAUAAAA